AUGAAUUACAAGACCGGACUUACCCUUGAGAACAACGGAGACGUGGAAGACAGAAACGUUGAAGGUAGAGAGUACAGCAAUUUUAGGCGGUUUUAUAGUGGAGAGCAAAGGGACUGGUUUCCCGAAGCCGUCUCUCCACAGCAGCAAACGUUGGGCGACUUGUUUCGUAGCCGCAGAGAACAACCUUACAUUCCCGAUGGUUUCUUGUUCGGCGUCGCUACGGCAGCCUACCAAAUUGAAGGAGCCUGGAAUGAAGAUGGAAAAGGUGAAAACAUCUGGGAUCGUUUCGUCCAUAGCAAUCCCUCAGUCAUUAAAAACAAUGAUACCGGAGAUAUAGCCUGUAACUCAUAUCACAAGUAUAAGGAAGACAUAGCUCUUGCAAAAGAGCUUGGUGUGAACCAUUAUAGAUUUUCCAUUUCUUGGUCUAGAAUAUUACCUACUGGUUUUGCUGAUAAAAUCAACAUCAAGGGGAUUAUGUACUACCAAAAUUUAGUAAACGAAAUAGUGAAACAGGGCAUGAUACCUGUUGCCACCUUGUACCACUGGGAUCUUCCUCAACCCUUGCAGGACAUCGGGGGAUGGACGAAUCCAGAACUAGUUCACCACUUCCUCAGUUAUUCUCGAAUAGUAAUACAGAACUUGAACCAAGUUGGAUACUGGACAACUUUCAACGAACCCCGGCCAAUCUGCCAAUAUGGAUACGGUCUAGGAGUCCUUGCUCCUGGUAUAGCCCUAGAUGGUACAGGCGAAUAUUUGUGCGCGUAUGUCUUGGUAAAAGCGCACGCUGCUGUGUAUCAUAUGUAUAAAACAGAAUUUCCAGACUCCAAAGCUAAAAUGUCAAUAACGAUUGAUGGUGAAUGGUCCGAACCAGCUAGUGACAAAGAAACUGAUAAAGAAGCUGCAGAAAGAAGGAAUCAGUUUGAGUUUGGAUUAUACGCUAAUCCGAUAUUGAAUGGAAACUGGCCUCAGGUGGUAAUAGAUCGUGUAAAGUAUCGCAGUGAAAACGGGAAUUACUCAAAAUCACGCCUUCCCGAGUUCACCACAGAAGAAAUCGCGUAUAUUAAAGGCACCUAUGAUUUCAUCGGUAUCAACACAUACUAUACUACCCUCGUUGCCGAUGCCGUUGAGGUUGAUUUUGCCACGACCAGUUAUGCGAACGAUGUCAGGGUUACCACAUCUGCAGAUCCUUCAUGGCCUGUCGCACCAAAUGGAAAUACGAUUGUACCUUGGGGAGCUAGAAAAUAUUUGAAGUGGGUAAAAGAUACAUACAAUAACCCGGAAAUUUUAAUCACGGAAAAUGGCGUCUCUGAUGACGGCAGUACUUUGGAAGACGACGACAGAAUCAACUUUUAUCAGGACUAUCUUAAAGCAAUACUUGAUGCAAUGUAUGAAGACGAAGUAAAAGUAUUUGGAUACACUGCAUGGAGUUUAUUGGAUAAUUUCGAAUGGAUAAGUGGAUACAGUGUACAUUUUGGACUCUACCACGUAAACUUUACGGAUCCGGAUAGGAAAAGGACUGCAAAAAAAUCAGCAAGCUAUUACAAAGCCGUAGUUGCCAAUCAUAUGCUACCAGAUAUUGCAACGACUACAAGUUAGAAACCAGAAAGCCAGAGACUACCACUCAUGGUUCUGCUGAUAGAAUAUUCAUUCUAUCAGAAUAUUUAUCAGGAUAUUUAGUUCCUAUACCUUAUUAGUAGUAAUAUUUUGGUGCCGCUUCAAAUAUUUGUAUAGUUUGAUCAGCAUUAAAAGCAAAACCAUACC